UUAGGCAAAAAUCACGUAGAUUAUGUCGACGCCAGAAAAGAAGUCAAAGUAUAAUUAUAAGGAACCCGCUGUCGGAUUUACUGAAAAUUUUUGCACAUAGCGCCCAAUUUUUACCUAAUUUGGUGCAGCGCGGCAAAAGUACCUAAUUUUCUAAUGAAUUCAAGAUUACAGAGUACUUCUCUGCUCUGAUAUCGAGAAUUUUUUAUUUUUAUAAAGCAUGCCAAUAGAUCACACACAUUGCGAAUCAAUCAAUUAUCUAGUUCCAGGCGUGUCUUGUUUUCCCAAAAGUUUACUAUUAACAUCCUAAGGUUAAAUUUCUGUUAUAUUACAGGAUUAUGUCGGACUUAAAUAGUAAAGAAUCGUCUACCAUUGAUCUUCAAUCUUGUGGUCGUGAAGGCAAAGAACGUAAAUGUUGUUGUCGUCGUUUGAACUUACGGUUAAACGAUUUUCUACAAAUAUGUUCAUCCAUUCUUAUUCCAUUAUUAAUUGGCGUUGCAACGAUCGUUAUUACUGUACAGCAACAGAAAAUAGCCGACCAACAGCGUGAACAGGAUUCAGAAGUAGCGGACAACAUUCAAAAAGAAGCUGUGCUUGUUAAGUAUUUGGAAACAAUAGCCGAGAAAUUUAGUUAUAAUGAUGUCCCCAAAGCAGUACCACUUGUUCAUGCUAAAACACUAACUGCCCUUCGUCAACUUGAUCCAAAGAGGAAAGUGUAUUUAGUAAAAUAUCUUUAUGAAUGUAAAUUAAUUGCACGAGCAGCAUAUUCAUCAGUUAUAGAUAUGUAUGAUGCCGAUUUAAACAAUGUUGAUUUCAGUGGUACAUCAAGUUUUAGUUCAAUAUCUUUGGUCGGAGCGCAGUUAGUCGGUGCUUCUUUUGCCAAUCGGAAUUUAACAUAUUCAGAUUUUAGUUAUGCAAAUUUGACUGGCACUAAUUUUCAGAAUUGUCAGUUACAGAAUGCUGAUUUUACCGGCGCUUUUUUACAACAAACAGAUUUUACAAAUUCCGAUUUGAGCGGAGCAGAUUUUACUGAAACAGAUCUGACAGGAUCAAAUGUUAAUGCGAAACAAUUGUUUACAACCACUUCAUUUCAAGCGGCUAUAUUGCCAAAUGGGACAAGAGCCAUGGCCGCCGAUGUCUAA